GCACAACAUGGCGUUCGAAGCAGCGAGCAAAGUCGAGGAAGCCAUGAAGCAGGCCGUGAGCCAGGCCAAAAGUUCCGUGCAGCAGGCGGAAGAUCAGGUGAGCGCCACUUUCCAGGCCGGGGCGGACAAGGCGGCUUCUGCCGUGCAGAGUGCGCAAUCCCAGGCCGAGUCCGCCGUGAAGAGCGCACAGUCUCAGGCGCAGAGCCACGUGACCCAGGCAGAGGCCGCUAAUGUGGAGUUCCGCUUCGGGAAGGCAUCGUAUCCUCGAUACGACGAUCGUCCAAGCACUCGCGCUCCACUUGAGAUGCGGCUGCCUGGCGAAUCCGCCGCUUCGGCGCAUCCAGCCAGGUGCACCGCCCCGACCGCGCU